AUGGCCGUUUCGUCUACCUUGUCGUCAGCUGCUCGCUGCAGCCUCUUGCUCAUAGCAGCACUGACUCUAGUGCUGAGCCAUGGCGCUCACGCUUAUGGUGGUUCCCGUGCCGGGUUGAGCUCGUCUUUCUACGACAACUCAUGCCCCGAUACACGGGACAUUGUCAAGCGAGUCAUCCAAGACGCCCGGGUCACUGACGCACGCAUCCCGGCCAGCCUCAUCCGUUUACACUUCCACGACUGCUUCGUCAAUGGUUGUGAUGGCUCGCUACUGCUCGAUGACGAUGUCUACUUGGGGAUAGUGAGCGAGAAGAAAGCCCCUGGCAAUGACCAGUCAGCGCGCGGGUUUAAGGUGGUCGACAACAUCAAGCGCGCAUUAGAGAAAGCUUGCCCUGGCAUUGUUUCAUGUGCCGACAUCCUCACCCUUGCUGCCGAGAUCUCUGUCGAACUAGCUGGAGGGCCGUCCUGGAGCGUGCCUCUAGGGCGCCGUGAUGGCACCAAGACCAACAUUAAGAGCGCCGAAGAUCUCCCGAGCCCGUUCGACCCUCUGGAUAUCCUUCUAGAGAAAUUCAAAAACAUGGGUCUCGACGACACUGACCUCGUCGCCCUCCAGGGAGCCCACACCUUUGGGCGGACACAGUGUCAAUUCACGCAGCAGGAGUGCACGGUCGGGCAAGAUGAGGGGACGCUGGUGAACCUUGAUGCUGCCACUCCCAACGUGUUUGACAACAAGUACUACGGCAACCUCCUGCGGGGGCGUGCCCCCCUCCUGUCUGACCAGGUUAUGAUGUCUGACCCUAGAGCGGCAGCGACCACCGCGCCGAUUGUUCGCCGGUUCUCUAGCAGCCAGAAGGACUUCUUCAAAAACUUUGCAGCCUCCAUGAUCAAAAUGGGAAACAUAAGCCCGCUGACCGGAAGAGAUGGAGAGAUUAGGAAGAACUGCCGCAGGGUGAACAAGAAACCUUAUUAAGGAACAAGAUUCAAUGCUUG